AUGACUCGCCUCAGGCGACUCGGCACUGCCGUAGGAGCGGCUGUGGCCACUGCAUACGGCGGCGCCAUCCUCCUCUCGCCGACGAUAUCCUCCAGCGACCAUGGCACCGGGGGAUCGCAGAUCGCCACCGUCCGGGAGAAAAUCCAUGAUCCCUUCGCUACCGUGCCUUCAAGAGAGGUGCAGCGGUCGGCGCUGAUCGGCGCCGGUGCCACGAGCCCUCUCGACGUUCUCGUGAUCGGCGGCGGUGCCACCGGCUCCGGCGUGGCGCUCGACGCCGUCACCCGAGGGCUCCGUGUUGGUCUCGUCGAAAGAGAGGAUUUCUCUUCCGGAACGUCCUCUCGCUCCACCAAGCUCAUUCAUGGAGGUGUUCGUUACCUAGAGAAAGCAGUCUUUCAUCUUGACUAUGGCCAACUAAAGUUAGUAUUCCAUGCACUUGAGGAGCGUAAACAGGUUAUUGACAAUGCACCACACCUAUGCCAUGCUUUGCCUUGCAUGACACCAUGUUUUGACUGGUUUGAAGUACUGUACUACUGGAUUGGCUUGAAAAUGUACGAUUUGGUCGCAGGAGCACGACUCUUGCACUUAUCAAGAUAUUAUUCUGCAAAAGAGUCUGUUGAACUCUUUCCCACUCUGGCAAAGGAGGGAAAAGGUAGAAGUCUGAGGGGCACAGUUGUUUAUUAUGAUGGGCAGAUGAAUGAUGCGCGUCUUAAUGUUGGAUUGGCUUGCACAGCAGCAUUAGCUGGUGCUGCUGUGCUGAAUCAUGCUGAAGUUGUAUCUUUACUGAAGGAUGAUGCUGGUGAACGUAUAAUUGGUGCUCGAAUUAGGGACAAUUUAACUGGCAAAGAGUUUGAUACGUACGCAAAAGUAAUUGUGAAUGCUGCUGGGCCUUUCUGUGAUUCUGUAAGGAAAAUGGCUGACAAAAAUGUACGAGAAAUGAUUUCUCCAAGCAGUGGUGUGCAUAUUAUUCUCCCUGAUUAUUAUUCUCCAGACGGAAUGGGUUUGAUUGUUCCCAAAACUAAGGAUGGACGCGUUGUUUUCAUGCUACCAUGGUUGGGACGAACAGUUGCUGGAACUACGGAUUCCAACACUAGCAUUACCUUUCUUCCAGAACCACAUGAAGAUGAAAUACAAUUUAUAUUGGAUGCCAUCUCUGAUUACCUUAACGUUAAAGUCCGUCGCACUGAUGUUCUUUCUGCCUGGAGUGGCAUUCGUCCAUUAGCCAUGGAUCCAUCAGCUAAAAAUACCGAGAGUAUCUCUAGGGAUCAUGUUGUCUUUGAGGAUCACCCUGGUUUGGUCACCAUUACUGGUGGCAAGUGGACUACGUAUAGGAGCAUGGCAGAAGAUGCAGUCAAUGCAGCUAUAAAAUCUGGGAAGUUGACCCCUACCAAUGGAUGUAUUACCAACAGUCUCAGGAUUGUUGGUGGUGAAGGGUGGGAUCCUGCAUCUUUUACCAUUCUUUCUCAACAGUAUGUGCGCAUGAAGGUAACUUACAAGGGUAAAGUUGUUCCUGGUGUGAUGGACACUGCUGCAGCAAAGCACUUGUCUCAUGCAUAUGGAACAUUGGCUGAACGUGUUGCUGCCAUUGCUCAGACUGAAAAUUUGGGUAAGCGACUUGCCCAUGGUUACCCUUUUUUGGAGGCGGAGGUGGCCUACUGUGCACGUCAUGAGUAUUGUGAAUCUGCAAUUGAUUUCAUUUCAAGGAGGUCUCGUCUAGCUUUCCUUGACACUGAUGCAGCAGGACGUGCAUUACCUCGUGUGAUUCAAAUAUUGACAUCUGAGCACAAAUGGGAUAAGACAAGGCAGAAACAAGAGAUGCAGAAGGCUAAAGAAUUUUUGGAGACUUUUAAAUCCUCCAAAAAUGCUCAAUUCUAUGACGGCAAGCAUAACUAG